AGCUCCGCCCACGGGCCUUUUUGCGCAUGCUCUGCAGCCUCGCGGCGCCUGGUUAGUGAGAAGAACAAAGUCCUGUCAUGGAAGAUGCUGCAACGCCCGGGGGGACCCAGGGAGUCACAGAAAACCAAGGAGUUCUUUCGGCGGCAGGUCGGGGAGGAGCCCUGGUGGAGCUCAUCCCGAACCCCGGCGGCCUGGCCCUGGUGAGCCCCUACCACACCCACCGGGCCGGGGACCCUUUAGACCUCGUGGCGCUCGCAGAGCAGGUGCAGAAGGCUAAUGAAUUCAUCAGAGCAAAUGCCACCAACAAGCUGACAGUCAUAGCUGAGCAAAUCGAACAUUUGCAAGAACAAGCCAGGAAGGUGUUGGAGGAUGCUCGCAGAGAUGCUGACUUGCACCAUGUAGCUUGUAAUAUAGUGAAAAAACCUGGCAACAUUUACUACCUUUAUAAACGGGAGAGUGGUCAGCAGUAUUUUUCCAUUAUUUCUCCAGAGGAAUGGGGGAUGAGUCGUCCACAUGACUUCCUUGGUGCCUACAAGCUCCAGCCCGACCUGUCCUGGACUCCGUAUGAGGACAUUGAGAAGCAGGAUGCUAAAAUCAGUGUCGUGAACAAGUUGCUAAACCAGCCAGUGGCUCUGCCUCCAAGCACUGAACCCAGCUUCCAGGAGUUCAGGUCCACUGAGAGUGGACUCUGACAAAGGCUGUUAGGACAUGGACCUGUCACCUCCUUGUUGCCCCAACCUCUGCCUUGGUGGGAGGUAGCAAGAGAGUUAAAGUCGUGUGGGUGAAUCAUGAACUCCUUUGAAGGUGAUCCUGUGUGGAUGGAAACACUGUUGUUCUUACUUUUAGGUGGGAUGGUAGAAUCAUAUCAGUCUCUUGGGAUCCUCUCUGGGUCACCUGUACCCAACCGGUCAGUUUCACAGGACCAGCCAGUGUACUUUGCUUCUCCUUUAUCUCCAUCUGUUCUCUCAUAAGUUAGAGCAUUAAAGAAGGAAAGUUUUCUUCUUCCUGCAAAAAA